UCACUUGCGUUUCCAAGAAAUUAAACACAACAACCACCAAAACUCCUCUCCUAACACCGGCAACUUGUAAUACCAAGUCCUUCUCACCCCUCGUCUCUAUCUUUAUCCCCUCACACUCACCGGCUAUAACCGUUGAAACUUAUCCAUUAAACAAAAUAAAUUUAUUAUCGUAUCUAAUGUAGUACUAUUAUUGUCGCUGUUUUUUACCGGUCUUUGCUGUUAGCUAUGAAUGCUCUAAACAAUAUAGGAACAGUGCUCACAGUUGUCUUCUCGGUCUGUCUUGCCGCUCUGGUCUUCGAGAUCCUUUACGUUCUCUGGCGCCGAAGAAGAUUCCUCCGACGGAGUGUCACAAGUUCUGGUGCUGACGGGGAAUUCAGAAGUAAUACCGAUUCACUCUACACGAAGCCGUCUAAAGAGCUUCUCUACUUCUUCUGCUGGAAAAACCAAACGGCUCGCAUCGAACCUGACUCUACAACACCACAGGAAGCCUCCGCGGUGGCUCCGCCAGUUCCAGCAGAUGGUGCAGAUGCGUUGGUGGAGGAGAUGUUGAAGUUGCAAGGGAUGUACGGACCAUCGAGAGUUUUGUUUACUAUUAAGGAAGAGGAGAUGGAGGUAACUGAGAACGACGACUCAUCCAUAGAGAACGAGCUUGUUAAAAGCAAGAAGAGGAAAAAGAGUAGUAGUGAUUUUUGUUUUGAAGGAGCAGUUGCUAAUGAUGUGGUUGUUGAGGUUGAGGUUGAGGUUGAUGAUGUAACGACGCCGUUUUGGACACCGUGUGCAUCACCUCAGUAUUAUUAUACUCCCUCACCUUCUCCUCCUCGUGAUGGAAAUCUAUCACGCAAGAACUCAGGGACUGAAAAUGAAGUCAGUGUCGUCGUCUUAGGUGAUUCUGGUGAGAAUACGACGAUGUCGUUUGUUAGCAUAGAAAUUCAUAGUUAGGAGUAAGGAAGCGGUGAAAAUGUGACCGGCUGGUUAGCGGGUUGCCGGAGUAAUUAUUAUAAAAUGGUAUUUAUAUGUACUUGUUUUAGAAAAAUAGUAGCCCUCUUUUAUUUA